GGCGGCAAACCAGCGGCACACUGCGAUCACUUAGGAGAGGAGCAACCAAUUUGCGGGACGCGAUUGGAACUGAGAUGAAAACGGGUCCAUCCUUAUGAGUCAACAUCAUCAGGAAAAUCUCUGACUGAUGGGAAGUCACAAAAUGUAUUUAUUUCCAAAUUUGAUACUUUGGAAUUAGUCUCAAUUAGAACAUUAAUUGGACACCACAGCUUCUGAAAAAGCCUGCUUUAUUAAAACCAUCAACGAUUUUUAACCAGCUCUUUUCAUCCUGAUGAGUUUAUUGAUUUUCAAGUGGAUACAAACAUCAUUUUAGGUCAAAAAAUGGAGACGGAGCAGAAAUGGACAACUGGGAAAACAAGCCAAAAGUUACAGAAAAGUUCAGACAAAAAGCUUAAGUGGCAUAACUGGAGAGAUUUUUCUUCUGUCACAAUUUGUUUUGCGUUAUCUAUGCUAAGUGUUGGAGUAUGCAUUGGAGUUUUUGUGCGGACGACGGCAUUGCAGUCCAGGAUAGUAAAUCUUGAGCAGCAAACCCUCUCUGCCUGGAUGUUGUCCCUGGAGCAGGUGGAACCCGUUAUUUUGGAAAGACUGGACCAAAUCUUGGACAAGAAGCUGGCAGCACGAUUACCAAAGACACGAGAAGCAAGGGAGGCUCCUUACAGCUGCUUAUGUCCGCCAGGACCUCCAGUAAGUAAACAAGACACCUUUUCUGAUCCAUGUGGGGUAAAGUAACAGAAUAUCUCUAUUGCGUGUGAAGUGCGUGAAAUUAUCUAUCAA